AUGGAGCCUCUGCGGAGGAGAUCUUUCUUCACCGCCUUGCGGCAGCGUUUUUCGGCCUCGUGUUUCUCACGCCGACCUUCUGCGGCUUCUCCUGGAUCGCCAAUUUCGUUCUCAGCCGCUCUCUCUCCUUUCUCUUCUCUGUCCGCAUCUGACCGAUCCCACGCCCCCUCUUCUCACCCAUCUGCGCACAGGACAGAGGCCAGUUUCAUCCCCACUCAUUUAUUCCCCGUUUCCUUGUCUUCGCCCGGGCGCGGUCCUCGAGCUCGCUCGCUGUCCUCGCUCUCUCGCCACACGGCUCCUUCCUCGCCCUCCUCUGUCGCUUCGUUCGCUCCUGAUUCGCUCCUCGCGCUGCCGCUGUCGCGGGCCUUUGUCUCGGCCGGCGUUGCGGCGCCUCUCCUGCGUCUGUGUGCGCUUCGCCUGUCCACGCGCUUUGCGUCUUCCUCUGUCUCCUCCGAGGCGGCUGACGACGCGGCGGUCGCGACGCCACAGGCGGCCUCCUCUGUGGAGCCCAAAGCUGGCCUCGCCGCCGACGGUCGGGGGCGAGCGAGGGAGGGAGACAGAUCGACCACGGGCUCCUCCUGGUGCGACUCUUGGCGCGCAUCAACCAACUUCGCCGAAGUAGGCCUCUGGCGCGGACGCCUGCCCCCGUCUGCCUCCCUGCGGAGUGCCUGUCCAGACGCAUCUGCGGGCGAUGAGAAAAGGCAGUCGAACUGGCGGGCGGCGUGGAAGGCGCGCGAGCAGGGCAGAGAAGGCAGCCCGCCACUGUGCUUCGCGCAGGCCUCGCAGAAAUGGGACUUGAGCAAGAAGUGGCGGUCGCCGGGAUUCGGUCGGGGCGCGCGGCAGGGCGACGGCGAGCGCGCGGAGACGCAAGAUACGCGGGCGCUUGACAGGGAGGCGGACAGCGCAGGGGACCGUGGAAACGGCGGAGACGGGGAGAACAAAUCGAUGUCUUCCUACGCGAAGAAACCGUGCAGCUCACAGACGAGCCGCUAUACCGCGUUUCGCUCGUCGUCAUCACCGCUGCGAACUACGGCGUCUUCUUCCUCUGCCCAGCCGCUGAAGGUGCGGUCGGCCUCUGAGUACACCAAAGGGUGGAGCCGCGACGCCGUGUGGGGAGUUGCGGCCUCGGCGCGCCUCCGAGCGGGGCAAGAAGGGACGGCAGGAGACUCUCCGGACGGCGAGACGGACGCGCCGAGCCGCCAGAAAGCGAAACCCGCCUCGCCGUUCUCUUCUUCGGGAGGGGCCCCUGCGGAGGAGAUGGCAUUCCGGAAGUCAAGCUCGAUUUCAGGGACUCGAAAGACGCACUUGGGUCGCUGGUCAGAUGCGGAAGAGGUUGCGAAGGCGCCUCAGAGGCGCGGAGAAGGGGGUAAGAGCGGAGAGCUGGACGAGGCGGAAGGCGCGACUCAGGCGUCGGGGAGCUGUUUCGCGAAGACGUCCGCGCUCGCGGACAAGGUCACGUCGGGAUCCUGGAGCACGUGGAGGAGAGCCACAAGCUACUCAAAACGCACGUCGUCGGAUAGCCAAACUACGGCAAAGCAGAGCUUCUCACGGUUUGUGCCCUCGCCUGCGUCGCGCGCGUCCUCCGCGCCACCGUCGUCGUCUCUUUUCGCGUCGCGGCGCUUGACAGCCGCCGAGGAGGCUUGGCAGGGAGAGCGGGCGAGCCGGUCUGCACAGAGCGUUUCUUCCUCUCCCUCGGAAGCUCCUGCCUCCCGCGUCUCGUCGCCGUAUCGCCGCUCCCAAGCGCCGCCGUCUGCGGCCUCGGCUCCAUCCUCGCCGCCGUCCUCCGCGGCGGCGCCCUCAUCCUCUUCGCGGCGCCCGUGGACGCGUUGGUCCUCUCCUGGCGAAGUUUCCGCUUCUGCGAAGAAGGACCGCAGCGGCUCUGCGCCAGAGAGCCAGAGUUCUUCUUCUUCCUCCCCAGGAUCUUCGGCGUCUCUCUUGUUUUCGCUGGAGAAGCGCGAGGAAGAAGCCGCGCGCAUGGAGGCGCUGCGAAUGAUCAUGAGCGCCCGUGAGCGGGACGCGUUUCAGAAAGACGUCGACGCGCAGGUCGCGGCGCUCCCUGCCGACUUUUUGCAGGCGUGCGGCCAUCAUGACAAAGUGAAGGAGUUCGCCGCCAAGCUCGGAGGAGACGCCGCCUUAGCGAGAGAAACAGAGGGAGAGUCGCAGAGCCACAACGAGAAGCACACGUUCGCGUCGUCCGCCGCCACGAGCUCCGCGUUGCCGCCGUGGCCUUGCCUGGAGCCCUGGAACGGGCGCGUGGUCACCGCGCUGCUGACGCUGGCGAACUACCGCCUGAGCGACUACGAGCGCCUGCGGGCGCUGCAGCCGCCUCCAACCUCCGCGUCGUCUGCGUCGUCCUUCGCCGCGCCUUUCCCCGCCGGCGGGGGCGCCGCUCUGCCGGCCUUCUUCGCGUCUGCCUCGGGGACUUCCUUCGCGCCCGCCGUCCUCUCACCGGACGGCAAGACGCCGGCUGCGCUGUUUCACAGCCACAAGCAGUACGCGAAGGUGGCUGCGCAGCUGCAGGAGGCGCCCGUGCCUGUGCGGUCGCUUGCGGAGGCUCUGGUUGUCGCCCGGCUGGGCGGCGUGGCCUUUAAGAACUGUGAGAAGAAGUUCAAGCUCGAUCCCGAGCUGCGGCGCCCGCUCUUUGCGUCCAGCACGCUCCAGGCGAUCUACGAGACUCUGGAGACCGGUGCCUGCGCGGAGGUCCGCGAGCGUAGGCAGCAGCGACGCCUCGAGGCAAUCGGCAGCCUCACGCAAGUCGCCGGUGUGGGACGGAAGACCGCAGAAGCGCUCGUAGACCAGUGCGGAAUCCUCUCUGCAGAGGAACUCCGCCUGCAUCUCGCAGUCGCUGUGCGCGACGAGGAGGCUGCGGCGGCCGGCGCCGCAGCUUCCCUGAAGCCCGACAGCGCGCGCGAGGCGGGGUCGUCGCAGAAGGGAGAGAAAGGGAGGCCGAAGAAGAAAAAAACAGAGACGAAGGAGCAGGUAGCACCGGGAAGCGAAGGGCCUGCUGCGGGCUCGUCGUCGCCGCCCGCCUCGGCGCUUCUCAGUCUGAUUUCCUCUCCGCAGAUGCGAGUCAACGUGCUCUACGGGGCGGCGCUGACGGCCCAAAUGCAUCCCUCCGAGUUCCUCAUGUGGCAGAAGAAGCUCAUCGCAGCGGUCGGCGACCCUUCGCUCGACUCGCUCGCCUUCUCGCUCUCAGCCGCGGCGGGAGGGGCGUCGCAGGCCAGGGGAGAGGCAGCCGGCGCGACCGAGACCGCGGAGGAAAACGGGGGGACAGAAUCGAAAGCAGGCGAAGAGGAGACUGAAGGCUACAUUGUGACGCCCGUGGUGUCUGUGGGCGGCGGAUUCUUCACUCGGUCCGCAUCGCCGUCAGCCAGUCGCCCGCGCGAGCUUGAAGUGUUCCUCUCGAUGCUUCCCGAGCCCCUGCCUGUGCCGCCGGCCUCUCUCCUGCCCUUCCAGGAGACCGGCUGUGAGGAGAAGAAGAGCGGAAGGCUUUUUUUGCGAAAACAGCCGCCGCCUCGCGACGUGGAGACGCAGGCAGAGAAGGAGGGCGGAGGCGCGCGGCCGGGCGGCGUGCCGCUGGAGUGGAGUGCCAAAAAGCGCGAGGCGCUCUUGGAGGGCAUGAAGGAACGCAAAAACGAACUUUUCUCGCGGUUCCUCGCCGUGCUGCAGAAUGCCAACCUGGUGGAAGAGAUCUUUGAGCGGAAGGAGGACGGGCGAUUCUCCUCUGCGCGCCUCAUCGUCAGACUGCCCUGGAACGCGGUCGCCAAAAGACAGCUUCGCGUGCGUGUGGUGCCGCCUGACCGCCUGCCCUUUCUGAGCCUGGAGAGCAGGUGCUCAGGCGCUUCCUACGUCGAGCUGCAGGCGAUGGUGAAGAGCCAGUUCGGCUGUCAGCUGACGGCCGAUCGCCUUGUCUUCCCGCCUUCGGCGUCGCUCGGCGCGGAGGCGCAGGACGAGGGCGUGACCAAGAAACGCCGCCGAAAGCGCGAGGCGGAGGCCGCGGACGAGGGCGCUCGCGGAAAGGCCGACGAGCCUGCAGACAAGGCAGACGGAUGCGGGAAGCUGCGAGAGCUCGUGAACAACUGGGUGUUCACCGAAGACCAGCUCCUCCAAGCCCUGCAACUGCCGCAUCCGCUCUCGCUAGGCCAGCGGCUUGUGAGUCUCUCCUAUCGCGGCUUCAUCAGCGCAUCGGGGUCCGCGAGGCCCUCGGCGAAUCGGUGA